CUAUGCUAUCAAUCCAAUGGAUAAUAAUAAAAGAUUAAUUGUUAUCAUUGCGAUGAUUGAAUGAAUUCGCGAUACAAUCAGCAAUUAAAAUCAAACCUACGAGCUCUAAGCCAUCAGCAAUCACUUUUGAAUCUAUAAAAGCUCACACAUUUUAAUAUUUGUCAAAAUAGAAAUGAAUCAUCAUCAUCGUUUAGAACAAUUCAGAACUGUGGUAGUUCUGAUUAUAUUCAUCAGAUUUGUCUUCUCUGCGAGAACAAAGGAAUUCGUCGUUGAUCGAUUCAGUCCCUGUCUCAACUCCAGCAACGAUAAGUACACGGUUCGGUUUCCAGAUCAGGUGAAGUAUACGAUAUCGAAAAAUGUGGUGCAGCUUCAUGGCAACUUUAACGUCACGGAAACAAUUCAGGAGCCGCUCGAGAUGGCAUUGAUUACCAACCGCUGCUCGAUGGAUAUGAAAAGUUGUGAACAGUUCAACAAGAUGACGGUUUCCCGGCUUUGCUCGGUCCUGAGCAAUGAAAAGAACAUGUGGACAUCGUUCUACAAAAGUGUCGAUCCGGACCUUCGGUGCCCAUUUCAGCCGGGCAUUUACAAGUUCAUCAAUUCUUCCAGUGAUUUAUCCUUUUUCAGAAAUUUUCCCCUGGAAGGUUUCCGCUGGCAGGUGUACAUGAAGUUCUAUACCACCAAGAAUAAAGCGAAACGGGAAAUUUUCUGUCUAACCAUACAGGGUAGCAAGAAAUAA